CACGGCGGGAAACACGAGGCAGAAGUUUCACGUCCGCCGGCGCAUGUCACCUCGGCCGGCUUCACGGCGUUAUCAUCGGUCUCGGGCGUCGAUAGCACACACGUCACGACCAGUCGUCGGCUAAGGCCGGGGUGACGUUCCUCGUGGCGGCGAGAAUUGCGAAUUCCUCGCGUAACAUGCUGGAGAGAUCGGCCGUGCGCGACGGUGGUACGUGGAUGGAAAGAUCGUAUCGUAUCGCACGAUGUGUACACGCUCGUGCACAAUUCCGAACGUCUGUACUGUCUUUUGUAAGUCAGUAGGUCAGUCAGCUGGCUGGGUCGAUCAGCUGGGUCAUGCUUAGAUGAGUGCGACAAGGCGGCCGAACUCGGAAGAAUAGAAAAUCCUCGACCGUUUACAGAUAUCUUUUCGGACCGCGGUGGCAAUAAUCAACUCGAAUAAUCGUCGAUAACGAUGACGAUCAACGAGGAGGUCGGUGAUGGCGACGUUGGCAGCUUCGGUCUGGAAGGUGACGUUGCCGGGUCGAUCCGAGCGAUCGAUCGCACAGCUGCGGGUGAUCCAAUCGGCACGGCGAGCAGCCACGUUCGGCCUCGUCAGGCCGACCUCGACAAUUCCGAUUCGGGUGAGGGCAAUCCCCUUCUGGCCGAGAGCGCGGCAGUAACGAUCGACGCGCCGAUCGGGAAGCUGAGGAGAAUGCAGCUCAAGAGGAAAGUGGAGAACGCGGCGACGGUGCAGAUCGACGGAAACAACACGACGUACCGGAAGGGGCCCAACGAGGAGUCCAUGAGGAGCCAACGAGUCGAGGACGCGGUCGUCGGGCCGCCCGACGGCGGCCUCAGGGCCUGGAUGAUCAUGAUCGGCAGCUUCACGAUCAACGGCGUGCUCUUCAGCAUCAUCAACACGUAUUCUCUCAUCUACCCGGAGCUGCAGAAGCGACUCACGGAGGCUGGCGAGACCGAGGUGUCCUCUAAAGCAGGUGUGAAAUCUUUUCGAUUCGCGGCUUCAAAACAAUUAGCUUCGUUGUUAACUUCGGGAGAAACGAGCGGUUUUUGUGUGUGUGUGUGUGUGUGUUUUCAGGUGGAAUGGCUUUAUCUAACAUACAGCGUCAUGUUCGGGCUCGGCGCGAGUCUCGCUUACACCCCGAGUCUGGCGAUUUUGGGCCACUACUUCAAGAAGUACCUUGGUCUGGUGAACGGCAUCGUCACGGCCGGAAGUUCCAUAUUCACGACGUUGCUGCCGUCCCUGAUGGAGCUUCUGAUAUGGCGUUUCGGUCUGGAAGGGACGUUAAGAAGCAUGGCCGUGCUCACGGCCAUCAUCAUGGCUUGCGCGAUUCUCUUCAAGCCGAUACCACUAAUCACCAGCACAGCGCAGGAAGAUGAGCCGCGACACAAGACGAAAUCGAUACGAAGUCGUCUGAAAGAAUUCGUGAAUGUAUCUAUCUGGAAGAAAAAGCGAUACGUCGUGUGGGCUAGUUCUAUUCCUCUCGCUCUUUUUGGAUACUUCGUCCCGUACGUUCACAUAGGCAAGUUUGUGGCUAUGACGUUCAAAGAUGCCGACAGCAAGUUACCGGUCAUGUGCAUCGGUAUCACUUCCGGUAUCGGCCGUUUAAUCUUCGGCUACAUCGCCGACUUGCCGAAGGUGAAUCGCAUAUUUUUGCAGCAGAUAUCAUUUCUGAUUAUCGGCAUCCUGACGAUGCUUCUUCCAGUCACCGAAUCUUUCAUCGUACUCCUGGUCAUUUCACUAGGCAUGGGAUUGUUCGAUGGAUGCUUUAUAUCGUUACUCGGCCCGAUCGCGUUCGAUAUCUGCGGUCGCAGCGGCGCCACCCAAGCCAUCGGCUUUCUUCUCGGAAUGUGCUCUAUACCUCUAACGGUUGGUCCGCCGAUCGCGGGUCUCCUAUACGAUCAUACCGGAUCCUAUAAGUUGCCUUUCCUGUUAGCCGGCGUUCCCCCGAUAGUGGGAGCGCUGACGAUGUUUCUGAUAAGGUGCGUUAAACAGAACGAUGAUGGAAGUGAAAACAAUCCUUCCCCCGAGAGUCCCCCGAGCAAAACGGAUUGCCAGAAUGGCAGAGCGAGAAGUAAUGGUUUCUCACCAAUGUUCAUCGAGCGGAAAUGCGAGCAAGCGGUGCAAGAAAGGUAUAGGACAAUGUGCAAAAAUUUGCAGCUGUCUCAGCACCACCAUAUUAAACCACGGGGCGAAUUACAAAACGGUUUAGCGCAAAAGAGUUGCAAACAUGAAUACACCAAUAACUAUAGAUAUUCAGAGAGUGUGCCAUUGCUUCAUGGAGACUGGAUCUCACGACGUCCGAGCACAAGUUUCUCUUAGCAAAUCGUCGAUACCUCAUACGUUUUGAGCCCACGUUCUGAUGCGUUUCUCGCGUAUUUCUUCGCUUUGUGGAAUUUUAUUAUCUAAUAUUUAUUCGGUGAAAUGAAUAUGAAAACCGAAUCUAUUGAGAAAUAUCGUUUUGCAUAUCAUAGUGUACAUGACGAGUGCACAGAAAGAAUUAUGUAUAUAAUUUUUACUUAAGAUAUAUAUAUUGCUAUAUAUAUUGCUCUAUAUAUAUAUAUAUAUAUAUGCUAAUCAAUUUUUGAUCAAUCAUUUUUAAGUUAAGAAUUAUUUAACUCGAUAAUUAAUUGUCUGUAUUCUGGAAAAUGUCAAUAAUGUUUCAUCAAUUUUAGCGUGUCCUAAGACGUAUAGCUAGUUUUGGAAAAACGUACUUAUCGAAAUAAUCGAUUUAGGCUUUCCUGCUAUAGAGAUAUAUUUUAGCGACAUACAAAUCAAAACAUCGAACUUUUAAGAAAAGAAAGAUAUAUUGUAGAAAACAUAUAUUUAUUAGAAUUAUAUAUUUGAUUAGAAAGAAAUUAUAUUCAAGCAAAUGUAAUUGUUCCAAUUAAAACGUGCCUAGUAAAAUUAAGAAUUAUAAUAAGAAAAUGAUUCAUUCGAUAGAAUAGUUAUAUUGCUUGGUAUGUAAAUUCUUUUUAUAGAAA